UUAUAUUUAUCUAGGCACCUAUCGUCUAUAAAUAUAUUUUGAUGUGAAUAAACUGAAAUCCCUGUCGUUGUAUGACAAAUUACAAAUUAAGUACGGAUUAGUUUAAUAUUAUAGCCUAUCACAGUCUGUCUGACACCCCUAUUGAGUUGGCACAAGGUCGUUAAGGAUUAUGACAGUGCAGUAACCAUAGGCAGUGACGAUAAAUGAAGUGGCGAGCUGUGUGGAUGGAUUUUAAAGUCACAUGACCGAAGUCAACGACUCAAACCUCUAUGGACGAAAACAGAGGUGUGGGCUACUUUUGUAAUACGGAGGGAUCAGAGGCAUUGAGGGAGCGAACGGAGUUUUCAGAAGGACGGGGGGCUCCGACUCCUCGCCUAAAAAUGCCGAAUAAAGGGAAAAAAUAUAAGGAAUCUUCCAAGUCUGUGAAGUCAAGCAAACCUGGAUGCAAAAAUGGACAUUCCAACUCUGACCAUGAGGGUUCGAAUAAGAAGAGCGCGCAGCCGCCCAACACCCAGUUGCUGAGGGUGAAACCUGGCUCAAACUCAGCAGUCAAGAGGGAGCGGAGGCUGAGUGCGUCUGUCUUCCCCAUCAGCACCAAUAGGAAGCUGCAGACGCUGCCUGCUAUUAAAGACUGUGCUCCGGCGGAGCAGGAGAAGCUGUUUGUGCAGAAGCUGCGCCAGUGCUGCGUGCUUUUUGACUUCCUGUCAGACCCACUAAGUGACCUGAAAUGGAAGGAAGUGAAGCGGGCGGCGCUGAGCGAGAUGGUGGAGUACAUCACGCACAACAGGAACGUCAUCACAGAGCCCAUCUACCCAGAGGUGGUGCACGUGUUUGCGGUGAACAUGUUCCGAACGUUGCCUCCGUCGUCCAACCCCACAGGAGCAGAGUUCGACCCCGAGGAGGACGAGCCUACGCUUGAGGCUGCAUGGCCACAUCUCCAGCUCGUCUACGAAUUUUUCCUUCGGUUUUUAGAAUCUCCUGACUUUCAACCGAACAUAGCAAAGAAGUACAUCGACCAGAAGUUUGUGAUGCAGCUUUUAGACCUGUUUGACAGUGAAGACCCACGGGAGAGGGACUUCCUCAAAACUACUCUCCACAGGAUAUAUGGGAAGUUCCUGGGACUACGGGCCUACAUCAGAAAACACAUCAAUAAUAUAUUUUAUAGGUUUAUCUAUGAGACUGAGCACCAUAAUGGAAUAGCAGAAUUACUGGAGAUACUUGGAAGUAUAAUCAAUGGGUUUGCCUUACCACUAAAAGAGGAGCACAAGAUAUUCCUUUUAAAGGUCCUGUUGCCUUUGCACAAAGUCAAAUCACUUAGUGUCUACCAUCCGCAGUUGGCAUACUGUGUGGUGCAGUUUCUAGAGAAGGACAGCACUCUCACUGAACCAGUGGUCAUGGCCCUUCUGAAAUACUGGCCCAAGACUCACUCCCCCAAAGAGGUGAUGUUCCUUAACGAGCUGGAAGAGAUUCUAGACGUCAUCGAGCCGUCCGAGUUUGUCAAGGUCAUGGAGCCACUGUUCAGGCAGCUGGCCAAGUGUGUGUCCAGCCCACACUUCCAGGUAGCAGAGAGGGCUCUGUACUACUGGAACAACGAGUACAUCAUGAGUCUGAUCAGCGACAACGCAGCCAAGAUCCUACCCAUCAUGUUCCCGGCGCUCUACCGCAACUCCAAGACCCACUGGAACAAGACCAUCCAUGGCCUCAUCUACAAUGCUCUCAAGCUCUUCAUGGAGAUGAACCAGAAGCUCUUUGAUGACUGCACACAGCAGUUCAGAGCAGAGAAAAACAAAGAGAAGGCCAAGUCAAAAGACCGGGAAGAGGCCUGGAUCAAGAUUGAGAACCUUGCCAAAUCCAACCCACAGUUACGAACGAGAGACCAGAGGAAAGACCGGCCUAUGGUGCGGCGUAAGUCUGAUCUCCCUCAGGACAUCUACACCGCAAAAGCCUUGGAGACCCAUCGCCGAGCCGACGUCAUGAUCACUACCCGCGAUGGGCUCUAGGUCUGCCCCUUUCUCUCUAGUGUCCAUUCCCAUCUUCUCUCUUUCCUCUAGUGUCCAGUCCCCUCUUUCCUCUAUUGUCAAGUCCCCUCUUCUCUCGACCCUCAUCCACACAGCACAUUCAGAUUACUGGCCCAGUUUCCUCAUCGUCGCCAGUACACAACCCCCCCCCCCCCCCUGGAUUUCUGCUUUCUCAGGUGUUUCUUUCUGGGAGGGGUGGUGCCGCAACUUUCUUUUUUAGUCUUGCCAACAAUUUUUUUUUGCUUAAUCGUGCAUAAAACAGUAUCGGCUCAUCCCUCCAGGUUCUUACUGUACGAAUGAAAAUGGGGGAAGUUCCGUUCCACUAGUGACAUGACAAGCUCCUAUGUUCCCCCAUUGAGCGCAGUUGGUAGAAUGCACAACAAACGUAGAGAGCAGAAACAGAAUGGGGGAGGCUCCUCUCAUUUCCUCUUAUGUCAUUUUCUGUCAAGGGGAAACAAAACUAACAACAGCCGUUGGGGGAUGACUGUUGGAUCGACGUUUUGUUCUCUAGUUAAAUUUUUUAACUUUUGUUUAAUCCCAGGGACAUUUGCCAGUGCCAAGACCGUUUGUGUUCUUUCUGUGUCCGUGUUUUUCUGUGAGAGAAACCAGGAUGACUAUCUAGGUAGACAGCCUGCGUCGUUUGCCUUUGUUUUUUGGAGCCUCAGAUGAUUCAAUUGUUGUUUUCAUUAAUAAGAUGAAGAGCAACAGGACUUUCUGAAGUGACUGAUCCAUCUGUUCUGAUGAAGUCACUUUAUGACUAGGAUGGAGGGAGGACGGGAGGUUCUCUGUGGACACUGGACUCUUUACACUCUACUCUUUGUGCCAUGCACAUUCUUUCGUUGGAUUGAUUUCCCUUCUGUUGAACUCCAUUGGCAAUAUGUGAGCCAGAUCACAAUGAAAUAUUGACAGUUCAAACAAUGGUACUUAUUUCAUACAGAGAAACACAUUGGUGUUUGUUAGUCUGCACCCAGUUUGUCAUAUUCAAAAGCCCUUCUUAGACAUGUCAGUCUCCGUAAUUCAUACAUAAUGCAUGUCCCCAGUUCUUACUGCUAUUGGGAAGCUUCAUUUAACUCUCAAUGGCCAGCUAGGAAGUGUUUGGUUUGACACAGUCCAUCAAGACACCUGUAGCCACACACACUGUAAUGCUACAUUAUGCAGAACAUUCCAGAAACGUUCCAACUGAAAUGACAUUGACACUUUACCUGGGGGUGUCAGUUUGAGGAAGGCGAGGUGCAGAAUUACUCCUCUCGAUCACAUAAGUUGUUAUUUGGGAUGCAGGGUGAUGUUGUAGAACUGAUUCUGCGCAGCCCGACUAAUGAAGUCCAUCUCAAACGCACAUCUUGUCCUCAGAUGCAGGCUUUUCAGAAGCCCUGGAGCUGCUUACUAGUCAAGCAUCGUCCUCCAUUCGUUCCAGAGGUACCCAUGAUAUCCCAUGCCCUGAAGCCCUCCCCCAGCGUUCUCACGUUUCCCCGUGUUGGUUGGUAUUUACCAGUCCCCUCCUACCCAGAGGUACCCAUGAUAUCCCAUGCCCUGAAGCCCCCCCCCCCCCCC